AUGGCGCGAUGGGCCAGCGAGGUGCGGCGAUUUAGGUCGCGAGGCCUUUGCAUGUGCGUGCUCGCACUGCUUACGAUUCUCAGUUUGGCGGGAAGCCACUCCUUCCUGGGACCGCAACAAAACCAAGGCAAGCGCAAGACACCAAGCAUCGAAGCAGUUGGCAAAGACCCGAUGGGGGCGUUCCGUGAUGUUCCACCUGCCCAGACUGCGCCUGGAGAUGAGCACAAGGCGCUGAAGGACAUUGGUGGGACGGUGAUCUCAUUCGUGUUCUGGGCUGUCUUUAUCCGUGCUAUCGUCAUCGAGGAGCACUAUCUUCCAUACAAGGAGAUGAAAGCAUCGCUCAUGAUGGAAGGAAUGGGUGGAUCACAGCUUCACGUCUUUCCAACUGACUGA